AUGCCGAAGAACAAGGGGAAGGGCGGGAAGAACAAGAAGCGAGGGAAGAACGAAGGAGUCGACGGCGAAGAGAAGCGUGAGCUCGUGUUCAAGGAAGACGGGCAGGAGUACGCGCAGGUCGUCCGUAUGCUCGGCAACGGCCGCUGCGAGGCCACCUGCAUCGACGGCGUGAAGCGGAUGUGCCACAUUCGAGGGAAGAUGCACAAGAAGGUCUGGAUCUCGGCGGGCGACCUCGUCCUCGUCGGCCUCAGGGACUAUCAGGACGACAAGGCCGACAUCAUACUCAAGUACUACGCCGAGGAGGCCAGGCUACUCAAGGCCUACGGCGAGCUCCCCGACACCAUCAAGCUCAGCGAGGGGAUCGACGACGACGGUGACGAUGGCCUGGAAGAUUUGAUCGAGUUCGAGGACGAGGACAUUGACAGGAUUUGA